CAUUUUCUUUCUAUUACUUAAAAAUAGCCAAAAGGAAAAAACGAACACCGAAGUUCUAAUUUCCCUUUUCUUUUCUUUUAAAUGUUUAAAUAUUAGUUGGAGAGUGGGGCCCUAAUUCCGCCGGUGAAUCUUCCCUCCAUCCGCCGGCAUUUCUCGCCUUAACCAAGAGAAAUGGCGUCUUGGAAUUCGAUUCCGCUCGAGAUCACCUACCAAGUUCUCGGAUGGUUCGCCUUUGUUUCCUGGUCCAUCAGUUUCUAUCCUCAAGUCAUCUUAAAUUUCCGUAGGAAGAGUGUCGUGGGACUGAACUUCGAUUUUGUGCUGUUGAAUUUGACGAAGCACUCGACGUAUUUGAUAUAUAACGCCUCGCUUUACUUCAGCUCGGCUGUUCAGAAACAGUACUUUGACAAAUAUGGUUACGAUCAGAUGAUACCUGUUGCUGCAAGUGAUGUUGCUUUCUCAAUACAUGCUGUUCUGUUAACGGCAAUCACCUUAUUCCAAGUUGUGAUCUAUGAUCGCGGAACUCAGAUAGUUUCCAAAAUAUCUCUGACAAUUGUGAUUGUUGUAUGGAUAUUUGCUGCAAUUUGUUUCUUCAUUGGUCUGUCUAGCCAUUCUUGGCUCUGGCUAAUUUCCAUAUUCAACUCAAUUCAAGUAUUUAUGACGGCUAUUAAAUACAUACCUCAGGCAAUCAUGAACUUUUUGCGGAAGAGCACUGAUGGAUUCAGCAUUGGCAACAUACUGCUCGACUUUCUGGGAGGCUUGGCAAAUUAUGCACAGAUGGCAGUGCAGUCCAUUGAUCAAAAUUCUUGGGUUAACUUUUAUGGCAAUAUUGGGAAAACAUUGCUCUCUCUGAUAAGUAUAUUCUUUGAUCUUCUUUUCAUGCUUCAACAUUAUGUACUAUAUCCUGGCAAGAGGCCGAUUGUGUCUCAAAAAGCUGACGACAAGACAAGAGAGGCACUUAUCGCACCUCCAGAUCGCCCACAAUCAGAAGACGUGUAAGGUUAGGUUUGUCAAAUCAUGGCUUAAAAGGAAACACAUAGCUUUGUCAACUUUGACAGAUGAAACAAAUUUCAUUGAAGCUUUAGAUGUAAAUAUAAAACAUAUUUAGGAGUGUGGAGUGGUAUUCUAUUGCUUCAUAUGAGGGAAUUGUGUUGUUAUCCAUAUCUUCGCUCGCUCUUGAUUGUUUAUUUUGGGAUGGUUUUGAAAAUGAAAAUAUCUGCAGUAAACUAUAUAAGGUAGCUAAGCUGCAUUCACUAGGUUGAGAUUUUAUGCUGAUCGGGUUUUCUCGAAUCUCUAAAAACCUUUAAAAUACCUUAUUUUAUUUUAUAAUAUGGAAAUGUUCAUUGAUGUUGA